AUAAGAAAUCGUUGUUUGCCCUAAUUAGGUGCAAACUUUUCUCUAUCCGCCGUCACCUAAUUUGUGAAUCUAUACUCAAAUUCAGCUUGUUGUUUCUUCAUAGAUUAAAUUGAUUCUGUUGGAAUGAGGAGGAGAAGUUACAGCCCAUCACCACAGAGAGGUUAUGGCAGAAGAGGAAGGAGUCCGAGUCCCAGAGGUCGAUAUGGUGGUCAUAGUAGAGAUGGUCCGACUAGUCUUUUAGUUCGAAAUCUUCGCCAUGAUUGUCGGCCAGAAGACCUCAGAAGGCCGUUCGGGCAAUUUGGCCCUGUGAAGGAUAUUUACUUGCCAAAGGACUACUACACUGGUGAACCACGAGGCUUUGGAUUUGUCCAGUUUGUGGAUCCUGCUGAUGCUGCAGAUGCCAAGUAUCAGAUGGAUGGACAAGGUUUUCAAGGUCGGCAACUGACUGUGGUUUUUGCCGAGGAAAACAGGAAAAAACCUACUGAAAUGAGAUCUAGGGAACGCAGUGGAAGUCAUAGGAGUAGCCGCAGCCAUGAUCGGAGACGUACUCCACCUUCACGGUAUGCAAGAGCAGGAUCACACAGCCGUGAUUACUCUCCCAAGAGAAGGCAGUACUCGAGGUCUGUCUCACCUGAAGAGAAAAGAUACAGUCGUGAGAGGUCAUAUUCACGAUCCCCUCCUCGAGACCUUUCUCCUCCACCACAUAAUGGGUCAAGGAGUCGCAGUCAAACUCCAGUCAGAGAGCGCCCACCAUAUAAUGGCAGUCCAAGGAGCCGUAGCAGAAGUCCAGUUAGGAGGGAGCGUUCUCCGGUUAGGGGUCACAGCAGGAGCCCUAGUAGGAGCCCUGGUUGUGCUCCCUACUCGCCAUGAUCCAAACUGCUAUGUGUCCAUGAUACUGAGCUCUAUAUCUUAAGUAGAUUAAUGCUGUAAUAUGGAUCUAUCUAUUUGUACGACUCUCUGGUGUUGUUUCUAAACUCGAGUAGAACUUAAGUUGGCAUUGGCAACAGAUUUUAGACUCGUGCAUUUUACUACAUCAAUUUGGAUUGUUCGUGCCAUUGGAUGGUCUUUGAAAUAUGUUGUGUGCGCUCAUUACUGUUGAGUUUAUGCAUUUAGUGCUGUUUGGACA